UUUUAUAGCUAUUGCGUAAUUCAAAAGAAUUUAAUAAGAUUCGUACCUGCCCGUUGAAGAUAGGAUCUAUUAACCUUGGGUUGAUUCAAUAAUUAUGUGUCAUUCGGUUGGUCAGCGCUUCUUUGACAGUAGGGAGCAAGACAACCACUUUAUUUAAAAGUUCCUGCAUAAAUUGUCUGAAAAGAGGAUGAGGAAAUGGUACAAUUUUUGCUCAGAAUGAAACACAGCUUGUCAAAUUUGUAUAAGCACCAUUUAUUCCAUCAAAACACCCAAAAGUUAUGUAUUGUUUGCAGUGUUGAUUUCGUUUAAUGUGUUCUCAAACGUCAAACUUCGGCGCUGCAUAUUGCCACAGCGAAUGGUUGUGGUCCGGACCUUUCUGUUGCCCAUUUUGGACAAAAUCAACACCUGCCGGUUGGUGAAAUCUGUGACGAAGUGAGAAAAUAUAAACAUUUGCUAUGUGAAUUGGCUUCCUGCAGGCUGCGUGGGGCAUUCAUUUGCUAGUACAAAGCGCAACCGUCCGAGGAACGCAUAUACUGCCAGGGAGGUAUCGCGAAGCAACAGCCGCGCAAUUCGGGGUGUGCGUACACGAACGAAGGAGGCAUACCGUUUGUUCGUCUUUGUCGUGAUCGACCGAAGACAAUUUUUCGAGGCGUGCUAGAUCCGUUGUUGAUUUCGUGUGAAAAGUCACGCACGGUCAAAAAAGCGCUUUAGAUUUUACUGUUUCAGCUUGUGCACGAAGGAACUAGCAAAGACUGGUGUAAAAAACAGGUGAUAUCGCGGCGGCGGUGGUGAAAUUGGCCUUCGUGCAUUGUGUGAACAAAAAGUCUCGACGACCGACCAUCGCGGGAGGAUCUUCGGGAAGGACACACACAUACACACAGACACAAAUCCCACGUCGUAUGAAAGAAUCCUCGCCCAAAUCUUGAUGCAAAGUGAAAAAUCACUGCAACGAUGGACGAAACAUAUCUGAAGAAUCUCGAAACGGCGGCCCACAUUAUUAUGGCUCCGCCGAAUUCCAUCACAAACCAGCAGCGCCAGGAAUCGGAGCAAAUUUUUACCAGCUUCAGAAAAACGAAAACUCCCUACGCGCUGUGUCAGGCGAUCCUGGAAAAGUCGUCCGUCGAUUUGGUACUGUUUGAAGCGGCAGAUGUGCUGAAGAAAACCGUGGUGGGAGAGUGGAAAUUUAUCGCCGAGCAGGACCGUGCCUCGUUACGUCAGUAUCUGCUAAACUACGUCAUCCAGCGCGAUGUACCGGUAUUCAUACGGGACAAGCUGCUGCAGGUAGUGGCCAUUAUGAUCAAGCGCGCCAGCCUGGAAGAUCACGGUGCGGAACGUGGCCAAAUUUUGGAAGAAACAAAAAAAAUGCUGACAUCGGGUGAACUGAAGCAACAGAUUCUAAGCUGCAGCAUUAUGUUGGCCAUUUUGGAAGAAUACUGCAACAUCGUACGUUCGGAUGAUACCGGGCUCAAUACGCUGGAGCACUUCAAAGCGAAGAAACAGUUCGAAGAUUCGGAUCUGCUGAAAACAUUCUGCAUGACGCUGCAGGCAAUGGUCACCAUCGUGAACAGCUUCGAUACGGCCAACAGCAUGCAGAUGUACCUUUUCAAGCAGCUACUCACUGUGAUGGAAACCGUACUGACCUGGGGCUUUCUGCUGCCCAACCUGCGGAACGUGCGAGUGCGUCACUCGCUGUCCAAAAGCAUCAUUGACACGUCGGAAACGGUCACGAAGGCGCUGCACGCUCCACCACUUCGUCUGCAGGCCCAAUGGAAGAGUGUAAUCUUUGACCCGAAAGUGUUGGAAGUGUUCUUUCACACUUACUGGAAGCUGCGCGAAAUAGACGAUUUACAGCCGAAAGCACUGACAUGCAUUCUGCAGCUGUCCACCCUUCGUGGACCUAUCAUAACCGAAAACAUCGACGAGAGUAUGUCCUAUCUGGCGAACUAUCUGACGCACUUUCUAUCAUUAAUGACUAAUAUCGAACUCAAAGACAAGGAAGCGUACAGUUUUUCGCUAAUCCUGCGCAAACUGUUCCAGUUUCUGCCUACGGAUAUGCUGAAGAUGUUACCGAACUCUCUGUUCGAUGCGUCCAUGCAGCAGUGCUUUACGCUGACGAUGAAAUUUUUCGAACAGUCGGCAGCGGAAGAAUCGGUUGCACCGGACGAAGCCCUCUACGUAGAUGCACUGAGCAACAUGCUCGGCAUAUGGUUGGCGUUUUUCGACGACAAACGGAACUACCCAAUUGAACCGAUGCUUCCCUACAUAAUGCAAAUGUUCGAGAAGUACGUCCAGUGCCAUCUGGCUCCACCGCAGGGCAUACGCGGGGCAACGGGCCGGGACGGUGAAGGAGGCGAGAACGAAAUUACCGAACUGGAGGAAUCGGACCGGGAACGGUUCAAGGAGCAGCUGACCGUUAUGGGAUUCUUCGGUCGACAGAUACUGCAGCAUGCCCUCGGUUUGCUGGCAAAGCUGCUGGAAGAUCGUACGCGAAAGCUGGGCACACAACUCCACAUGCUACACUCAAUGCAAUCGCUUUCCAUUUCCGAUGGGGUAAAUUUGGAGAACCUGUUCGAAGACCUGCACUGGCUGCUGUUGAUCAGCGGGCACGUGAUAGCGAUGGAAUCGGUCGGUGAAACGCCGAUGAUACCGGAACCGAUUUUAACAUUCUGCAAGCAACAGGUUGAGUCCGGGACAACGGAUGUGACGAACAGCUUGAAACUGUUGGCCUCACCGAACCAGGACAUCCAGGAGAUACCGAACGCCGAAUCGAACGUAGAUCCGGUAAUACGGCUGAUGGCGGCCGGGUUUCGAUUGUGCGAGCUGGAAAAGACCGCGAUCGAGGUGCGCAUGUACCAGUUCCUUAGUCCCGAGCUGAGCGCUACAACGAUGUGGUUUUUGCGCCAUUGGUGCGGUACCUACGUUAUGUCCGCUUACGAACCGUCCGCCAACCAUAUCUUCUCGAACGCGUUCGGUGUCGGUACGGCCGGUGCACUGUGGGUGAUUAACUAUCUGCUAAAUAAGAUCUGCUUGAACGCUCAGAACCUGCGAGCGGAACCGGCCGUAAUGGAGGAAACGAUCGAGCUGCUGCUGGCGUUGCAACGGAACCGCUACCGUGCGCAAACCAUAUUCAACUCGGAAUACUUCCGGUCGAUAUGCGACCUGAAAAGCUUCGAGCUUCCUAUGGCGGUGAAGCGUAAGCUGCUCCGUGGCUUCGUUACGAUCGGCGGCAGUAUAGAGGGUGAAGAAAUACGCAGCGAGUACAUAAUGCGCAUCGUGCAGGGGACGAAGGAGAAGUUUAAUUUGUUGCAGACUACACUACAGCAGCAGGCUCACCUACACCAGAGCGAACAGUUUAAGCAGAAGGUGAUCGAGGUACUGGAGGAAACGAUCGGUUGCGUGGAGGGUGCGUAUGACAAUCUGAUUCUGACACUGUUCAACGAGAUCGAACCCAUCUGCAAGCAGCUCAGCACGUUCAUGUCUUUGUACCGGAAUGAUACGGUUAUUGUGGAGCUUGUAUUGGAGUUGCUGAACGAACUGGAACGAUCGGCCGAGGUGAAGGAAGUACGUGCGGCUCUCCAUCAGUACAGCAUGCACGUGAUCGGUGUGUACGUGAAGAACAACAGCAAUCGUAUUUCGCUCGAUCCCACCAACAAUGAACGGGAUCCGCAGGAUUUGAUCCUGAUUUUAAAGCUCAUUCACGGGAUCAGCGCAAGCCGGAUGGCAAAUGAUGAGGAAACGCUACGACAAGCGUCGGACGUUUGUAUCUUCGGGCUGACGAACAUAGUGCCGCUGAUAACGACCGACUUGAUCCGGUACCCGGAGCUCUGCUAUCAGUACUACAUCACUAUAACGUCUUUUGUCGAUUCGAAACCCCAUGUGGUACCGGCGUUACAUCCCGACUUUCUGAAGCAACUUGUCGCCUCCGUAGAGCUUGGACUAACCUCGUUUACGUCCGAGGUGGAGCUGAAGUGUGUCGAGUUUAUCGAAGCAUUUGCACAGGUCGUCCGGUUGCAUAAUAAUAACGAAUCGCUAGUCUCGCAGCUACUGCAAUCCUUCCUGAAGCUGAUGCUGGACAUGACGAUCGGGCAGAAGAUUGACUGGAAUAACACGACUGACUGGUACAAAGCCAUGUAUACCGUGAUCUGUUGCUUUCCGCAAACGUUUAAGGAUAUGAUACAGAGCUUCCUGCAGGAGCACGUGGACAGCAGUACGGAUAAGGCGAAGGAGAUGAUUGGCGAAAGUCUGGUGCGCUUGAAUCAGAUAGAGUUUAUAAACCUGCGCUUGAUGAAGGUCCGGUUCGUCGACUGGUACGAUCGUUUCGUUUCGCUGGUAAGUCUUAUGUAUAAGAAGUAGGUAAGCGUCUGUUGCAUACUUUGGCACGGAUUGUAAAACUGAUUGGUCGGUGGUGAAUGUAGAAUUUCAACCGCAUGUGGCUAAUUUAUCCACGCUACUAGUAGAGGGAAGUGUAACACCAAUCUUACCGCGAAGGAAGGAAGAUAAACGUUAAACGACCUGCUAUUUGUUCUGUUUUUAAUUAUUUUGUCUCGUUAUGGUAAUGUUUGUGGAUUUGAAGCAUAAAGCAAAACAUACUUUAAACAACGUCGUUCGUCGCUUGAUUUGACGAGUUUUGUUUAUCUCACACACUGUACAGUUCCUUUUGUCUUUGUAUGUGAACAUUAGAAUGUUUAGCAUCGCUGGCUCGGUAGGGAUAAGAACGUGCGCGUAAGAAACGAAAUUUUAGCUAUGAUGUUUAACGAGCAACUAGUCCGUGGGUUUGGUGGAUGUGUGCGAUGAAAUGACAAACGAUUCGAUGGAAUUCAUACGAAGCUAUAUACAAAUUACUAGAUAGUGGAACAAUACUUAACUAAAGGAUAGCUAGGGGCUUACUACAAUUGUACGGCGCCAGGCCUUGCUUGAAACAAAAAAGAACUAAAGAAGAACGAAACGGAUAAAAGAGUUUGGCAAAUGCGAAAAUCGCGUUCGGAAGAUGAAUGGCGUGUUAUUUGCAUUAGAAAAAAACCAAAACAAAAAUCUACACGAAAACGGUGAUACGGUAAUUUUAAACUGGAAAAAGAAUCGCACUUGUGCACCACAUUUCAUUUUAAGUUAGAUAGAAGCGUAGAAUGUAUUUCGAAGUCUGCACGUUUUUUCUGCAAUACGACGCACACAACAGUAUCACCCUAUGUAAAGGGGUUCGAGAGAAGAACAAAAAACAAACAAAACAAAACAAAAUUAGACCGUUAUUUACGAUGCGACUAUAGAUUAGAGCGUUUUAGAGCGGCACUCUUUUUCUGAUGCUCGUGUUUUUUCUUCCUGUACCUAUAUAACUAUUUAUCGUGUUUGAGGGAAAUGCAAUAUACUGUUAGAAAGUUCUCAUUAACUGAACGGAAAGAUAUGCGAAAGGUGUGCGCACACGAAACUGGUUUGCCUCUCCUCUACGCCCUUGUGGCUCUGUAGAUAAGUACACAUGCAACAAGAUGCACUCGUUUUCAAGCAGGAAAAGCACCGUGGAAACGUCCUAGCACCCUAGAACUGCAGAGAGUGAAACGGUUUGGGUUUCGAGUGUGUUCAGUUACGUCGUUAUGCUUCCUUUUGUUCACAUCUGUUCCCCGACGAGCAGCGUUAGCAGGGUGAGGGAUAGAGAGAAUAAGACGAACAAUUUAGUUAGCGCGAGAUUGGUAGUUGGCAAUAAAGCUGCCGAGCUUUGUCUCUGUGUGAUAUUCGAUUAUGAUAGAACCGAGGAUACCACGGAUGAUCCACACAGAUUCACCUUUUCGUGCGGCCAUGCAUCGGUAACGAACUGGUGGAUGAUCGUUUCCUUUUCCAGCCAGACGUCGUGCAGGUGUUAUUAUAGCUAGAUUUGAUAUGAUAAUGAAGUAUUUUGGGAUGAUUUAACGUGUAUGCUGCGAGUGAUGUGAACGAUACUAGAAAAAGCCAAACGAAGCGACCGUAUGUCGCGAAGAAUGUGGGUGUGUAAUGAUUUAUCUGUGCAGAUGGUAUCAGGGAACAAGUUUUUGGUUUUGUUUAUUGCUGCGAACGUUAUUAUGUAUUCCUUUAGAAACGGAAAAGACGGAACAGAGAGAAGAGAGUUAGUUUAUGUACUGUGGUGUGUUUUAACGCACGCGUGAAUUAUGUUGUUUGUUAGAAUUUAUGUUAUUUUACUGGAUCCCGACAUCCGGAUGUAAUGAUGGAACACACAAGUGGAAUGAUGUGCAAAGAUAAAUUAAAUCUGUGCUACAAAAUUGUACGUACGAUGGUGUUUAAUGCCCCGGGGGAAUUAAACGCAAGCAAAGCGCAAAGAAUGCAAAUGAAAACAUCCAAAUCUAAUCAACUCUUUCAAAUGCAUUUGUCGAAUAAUCAAGCUAAUACUGAAUGUACUACAAGGCUAGGAAAAUUAAACAAACAAACAAACAAAAAAACUCGCACUUGCAAGGGUAGCAAUAGUAAAAGGGUAAAGAAAAACAACCCAAGAACGGAUUGAGUACAAAUUACAAUACACACGACACGCUAUCACGGAGCAGAGGAUUAAAACAGCGCACCACGCUUAUGUGUAAGGUAACAAUCUGAACAUUAGACGAUCUAUUAUGUGAACCAUGAUCUCAUGAUCAUGCAAAACUUCUAAACAAAAAAAAACAUAUGUAUGCAAACAAACAAAAGAGGACGUGUUUCGUUUCGUCUGUGAAGGGUGUUUGACGUGCACAUGUGCAACAGUGUCGUCUUCGAUUUUGGGAAAUUUUUAAAGUUCGAUACGCUCAGCUUCUGCAGCAAGAGCAAACACUGGGGAUUGUGAGAAUAAAGUUUACCGAUUGGGCUAUACAGAUCAAUAACAAAGCUAACCGAACACUAUA